CAGUGUGCUCUGUGUUCACUUUUUGCUGCUGCUCUAGCGUGCAAACGGAAUUCAGAAUAACCCAACCAAUUCAUUCGUCGAAUAAACGUCGACGCUGUAAGACGGUUUGCCGGAAUACGUUCGUUUGCGAUACUUUCACCCUGAUGUUGUGAUUUGAUUGAAAAUUAUUUAAAAAAAAUCUCAAAAGUGUUGAUUAAACAUAAUUACAAAAGUAAAUUGAAUCCAAUUUAAUGCAAAUUUAUCUGUGAGAUAAAAAGAUAUAAUAGUAUCUUUUUGUGUAAAUUUUUAAGUUUUACACACCCAACCCAAAUUUUAUGCCGGUUGAAGUCCUAUUUCUUAUCCAUCGUUAUAACCUCAACGCGUUAGUGUGAUUAUAAAAGUGUGAAACCAAUUUGGUAUUUAUAAACAAAUCAGCUAAAGAGUGAUUUAUUUACUCUUAUACCUCUCUGCCCAUUCCAAUCUGAAUUAUAUACAAUAUCUUUUUUGGUGAAUCCUCUGCUUCUGCUCAAAUAUUAUCAAUUUCUUGAUUAUUUAUUCUUGAAAUUUGCAAAUAGUAAACAAAUAAACAAAAAAAAAAAUCCAAGCUACGUGAUAUAAAUUAGCGUUAAAUUGUAGGUGUAUCUUUAAAACUUCUACACAAAAAAAUAUAAAACACGUUCACCGAGAAAUAUAUCUAUUCUAUAGUAUAUAACUUACUGUAGAUAGACUUGACUACUUGAGAAUAUCUUUUUGUGAAAAAGUUCGUCACAAUUGUCGCUGAGAGCUCAAUAUACAUGAUGACGAUGGACGUCACCAAAACGGAACCCUCUUCGGGUCCUAAUAAUCCCAACAACAAUAAUCAACUGUGCGCCGGAUGCGGCAAACACAUCCAGGACAGAUAUUUGCUGCGGGCUCUGGACAUGCUUUGGCAUGAAGAUUGCCUCAAGUGUGGUUGCUGUGAUUGUCGAUUGGGUGAAGUUGGCUCAACUUUAUAUACCAAAGGCAAUUUGAUGCUUUGCAAAAGGGACUAUUUAAGAUUGUUUGGAAACACGGGUUAUUGUGCUGCUUGCAGUAAAGUUAUUCCAGCUUUUGAAAUGGUGAUGCGAGCAAGAACGAAUGUCUACCAUCUUGAGUGUUUUGCAUGUCAGCAAUGUAAUCAUAGAUUCUGUGUUGGAGAUCGUUUUUAUUUAUGCGAAAAUAAAAUCCUUUGCGAGUACGACUACGAAGAACGUUUAGUUUUCGCUUCGAUGGCGAAUCAUCCAAUGCUGAAACGUCACGCCAGCUCCAUCGGUCAGAAUUCCCCCUCUGCCGGUGGAGGCGGUAGUGGUGGUGGUGGUUUGUUAGGUGGUGCAAAUGGUCAAGUUGGCAAUCAAAAUGGACCUCGCACCCCAGGCGAUCACAAUAACAACAACAACGGACCUCAGACACCAACAAAUGGUAGUCCCUUUGGAACCCCCUCCCACAUGAAAAGUGCCCUUGGGGCGUCCAGCUAAAAAAAAGCCCACGAUGGGCUGCCAAAGCGGUACCAAAGAAAAUUUUAUGCUAGAGAUUGACCAACUAUCGGAUAAUAUUGAUAAUAAUCCUCCUGACGAUAGUCACAAUACUGGACAGGAAAUAAAGGAUAUAAAUUUGCUGUCAAAUAUGGAGACUCCAAUAACAAAAAAAAUUAAACUUAUUAAAACAAUGAUAUAGUUAAUUUUGUUCAUUUAUUUUUAAUAUUAUUAUUAUUAUUAAUAUACUAUAUUUGUUGUAUAAUGAAUUUUGUAUAUAUUAAAUGUAUGAAAAAUGAUAAAUGUGCAAUGCUAGUUGGGGUAAGAUUAAAAAAAAGAAAUGUUCUUCAUUAAACUUCGAAAAGUCUGUGCCAAAUAUUAUUAAAAUAAAAACAAAAAAUAAAAAUUAUUUUGUAUUAGUCGUCCCCACCGAAGUUCAACUGUGAAAUUCUUGAAGAUUUAUAAAAAAAAAAAGAAAUUAAAACAAAGUUCACAAGAUUCCAUCGUCCUCUAUAAAUUAAGUGUAAAUAAUUAAAAUUGUUAUUUAUUUUUUAAGUUAUUUCUAUACGAGGCUGCAAAUAUUAAAUUAAAAAAUAAAACUAAUAUCUUUAACAAAUAAAUUUAAAAAUUAAAGAAAAUAAAAUAAAUAAUAAAUUGUUAU